ACUUUGCCCACCUUCCCUCUCUUCUCUAAACCGGUCAAACCCAGCAGUCUUGGGCCAGGACUUACCCAUCCGUCCUGCAGGCAGCAUGAAGCCUGUGCUGAUUCUCCAGCUCCUGCUGUCAAUUCACCUGACACCACAGCUGGUGCCUGGGAGUCCCAAGCAACACUUUAUGAGGUAUGUCUUGGAACCUCCACCCUGCAGAUCGGACCCUGAAAACUGUACUCAAUUUUGUACAUUGCAGGAAGAUUGCCAAAAAGGACUUCAGUGCUGUUCUGCCUUCUGUGGGAUAGUCUGUACAUUAAACAAAAAUGUAAAACGCAAAAGGUAAGGGGUUUCUCAUGCCCAGUCCUCACCCCGGAGCUGCUAGUGGGAGCUCAACAGAAGAGUCUCUUACCAGCCACUACAACAAAUCUCUUUUUCUCUCUGUCCUUCUCUUUACCGAGAA